ACAGUCGCAGCCGCCACAGCCUCGGCCGCCGGGUAAGUAGCUCCGAGCGGCUGCUUCCCGGUUGCCUCGACGAAGACAGGGGGCGCCGCGCUCCGCUUGCUCCGCGCCCGAGCCAUGUCCAGCAGCCCUGUGUAACCACUGAGUCCCGGCCGGAGCCGACCGACCCAGUGUGCACCGUCUUUCGGCCGAGCUGAGCUUUCGUGCACGCAACUCCCUCUGCCCCAGCCAGCCCCGCGCCACCAUGCCCCGGGCGACUGCACUUGGGGCCCUGGUGUCACUGCUACUACUGCUGCCGCUGCCUCGCGGCGCCGGGGGACUCGGGGAGCGCCCGGACGCCACUGCAGACUACUCAGAGCUGGACGGCGAGGAGGGCACGGAGCAGCAGCUGGAGCAUUACCACGACCCUUGCAAAGCCGCUGUCUUUUGGGGAGACAUUGCCUUAGAUGAAGAUGACUUGAAGCUAUUUCACAUUGACAAAGCCAGAGACUGGACCAAGCAGACAGUGGGGGCAACAGGACACAGCACAGGUGGGCUUGAAGAGCAGGCAUCUGAGAGCAGCCCAGACACCACCGCCAUGGACACUGGCACCAAGGAAGCUGGAAAGGAUGGCCAGGAGAAUACCACACUCUUGCACAGCCCUGGGACCUCACAUGCCGCAGCCGAGACCUCUCCCCGGGUCCGAAGAGCCACAACCUCAAGGACAGAGAGGAUAUGGCCUGGAGGAGUCAUCCCCUACGUCAUUGGAGGGAACUUCACUGGGAGCCAGAGGGCCAUUUUUAAGCAGGCCAUGAGACACUGGGAGAAGCACACCUGUGUGACCUUCAUAGAAAGGACCGAUGAGGAAAGCUUUAUUGUAUUCAGUUACAGAACCUGUGGCUGUUGCUCCUAUGUUGGGCGCCGAGGAGGAGGCCCACAGGCCAUAUCCAUUGGGAAGAACUGUGACAAGUUUGGCAUUGUGGCUCACGAGCUGGGCCAUGUGGUUGGGUUUUGGCAUGAACACACCCGGCCAGACAGAGACCAACAUGUCACCAUCAUCAGGGAAAACAUCCAGCCAGGUCAGGAGUAUAAUUUCUUAAAAAUGGAAGCUGGGGAAGUGAGCUCUCUGGGAGAGACAUACGACUUUGACAGCAUCAUGCACUACGCCCGGAACACCUUCUCAAGAGGAGUUUUCUUAGACACCAUCCUUCCCCGUCGAGAUGACAAUGGCGUCAGGCCAACCAUUGGCCAGCGCGUGCGGCUCAGUCAGGGAGACAUAGCUCAAGCCCGGAAGCUGUACAAAUGCCCAGCGUGUGGGGAGACCCUGCAGGACACAACGGGAAACUUUUCUGCACCUGGUUUCCCAAAUGGGUACCCAUCUUACUCCCACUGCGUCUGGAGGAUCUCGGUCACCCCAGGGGAAAAGAUUGUAUUAAACUUCACAUCCAUGGAUUUAUUUAAAAGCCGGCUGUGCUGGUAUGAUUACGUGGAGGUCCGGGAUGGUUACUGGAGAAAAGCCCCCCUUUUGGGCAGGUUUUGUGGCGAUAAGAUCCCAGAGCCCCUUGUCUCCACGGACAGCCGGCUCUGGGUGGAGUUCCGCAGCAGCAGCAACAUCUUGGGCAAGGGCUUCUUUGCAGUGUACGAAGCUACCUGCGGGGGAGACAUUAACAAAGAUGCCGGUCAGAUUCAAUCUCCCAACUAUCCGGAUGACUACAGACCUUCCAAGGAAUGUGUCUGGAGGAUUACGGUUUCGGAGGGGUUUCACGUGGGACUUACCUUCCAAGCUUUUGAGAUUGAAAGGCACGACAGCUGUGCAUAUGACUACCUGGAAGUCCGGGAUGGCCCCACGGAAGAGAGUGCCCUGAUUGGCCACUUUUGUGGCUAUGAGAAGCCGGAGGAUGUGAAAUCGAGCUCCAACAGACUGUGGAUGAAGUUUGUGUCCGAUGGCUCUAUCAAUAAAGCGGGCUUUGCGGCCAAUUUUUUCAAGGAGGUGGAUGAGUGUUCCUGGCCAGAUCACGGUGGGUGCGAGCAUCGCUGCGUGAACACGCUGGGCAGCUACAAGUGUGCCUGUGACCCUGGCUACGAGCUGGCCGCCGAUAAGAAGAUGUGUGAAGUGGCCUGUGGCGGUUUCAUUACCAAGCUGAAUGGAACCAUCACCAGCCCUGGGUGGCCGAAGGAGUAUCCCACAAACAAAAACUGUGUCUGGCAGGUGGUGGCCCCCGCUCAGUACCGGAUCUCCCUUCAGUUUGAAGUGUUUGAACUGGAAGGCAAUGACGUCUGUAAGUAUGACUUUGUAGAGGUGCGCAGCGGCCUGUCCCCCGAAGCCAAGCUGCACGGCAAGUUCUGCGGCUCUGAGACGCCCGAGGUCAUCACCUCGCAGAGCAACAACAUGCGCGUGGAGUUCAAGUCCGACAACACUGUCUCCAAGCGCGGCUUCAGGGCCCACUUCUUCUCAGAUAAGGACGAGUGUGCCAAGGACAACGGCGGGUGUCAGCAUGAGUGCGUCAACACCUUCGGGAGCUACCUGUGCAGGUGCAGAAACGGCUACCGGCUCCACGAUAACGGGCAUGACUGCAAAGAGGCUGGCUGUGCACACAAGAUCAGCAGUGCAGAGGGGACCCUGACGAGCCCCAACUGGCCUGACAAAUACCCCAGUCGGAGGGAGUGCACUUGGAACAUCUCUUCGACUGCAGGCCACAGAGUGAAACUCACCUUUAAUGAGUUUGAGAUCGAGCAGCACCAGGAAUGUGCCUAUGACCACCUGGAAAUGUACGACGGGCCCGACAGCCUGGCCCCCAUCCUGGGCCGUUUCUGCGGCAGCAAGAAACCAGACCCCACGGUGGCUUCCGGCAGCAGUAUGUUUCUCAGGUUUUAUUCGGAUGCCUCAGUGCAGAGGACAGGCUUCCAGGCAGUGCACAGCACAGAGUGCGGGGGCAGGCUGAAGGCUGAAGUGCAGACCAAAGAGCUCUAUUCCCAUGCCCAGUUUGGGGACAACAACUACCCGAGCCAGGCCCACUGUGACUGGGUGAUCGUGGCAGAGGACGGCUACGGCGUGGAGCUGACAUUCCGGACCUUUGAGGUUGAGGAGGAGGCCGACUGCGGCUACGACUACCUGGAAGCCUACGACGGCUACGACAGCUCAGCGCCCAGGCUCGGCCGCUUCUGUGGCUCUGGGCCAUUAGAAGAAAUCUACUCUGCAGGCGAUUCCCUGAUGAUUCGAUUCCACACAGAUGACACCAUCAACAAGAAAGGCUUUCAUGCCCGAUACACCAGCACCAAGUUCCAGGAUGCCCUGCACAUGAAGAAAUAGUGCUGAUGUUCUUGAAAGACAGAAACUGAGAAUGUUGUUUUGUUUUGUUUUUUACAACAACAGCACCUUGAAAAUCUGCCCUAAAACAGUGUACAGUAUUUUUCUCAAACAAAAACUCAGAAUCCAGCCUUAGAGGUAUAUAUUUGAAUGAAAGUCAUGUAAGUUUGGCCAACAAGGUGGAGAGAAAAUGUUCUUUUGCUUCUGUCUGCAAUGUUAUCACUCAUGAACUGUUGAAAUCUUAAAGAUUUGGAUUGAAGUCACUGACCAUUCAAGCUAUGCUUGUUCAUACCUAUUCUCCUUGUCCCUUGCUCCUAUGUGGCAAAAGGCCAGCCUUGGGGUUGGCCGUUCCUCUGAUCUGGACUUGUUUGCAAAGGUGCCAGGCUGUCUUCUGUCUAUGUUGGGCAUAAGGGAUGAAAGCUUAGCCGAGACUAAUGUGUGGCUCACAGCUUUGGCUGGAAUCAUUUUCUUUCUCUCUGCCAGGGACAUGUCAACCAAGAAACCUGAAAAUAUGGAUGGAUGUCAGGACUAAAAAAGGCAUCACAGUGAGCAGUGAGCACAGAGGGAGUUUCGAGUAUAAGAAUCAUUGUCAUGAAGUUAGGAGACCACAAAGCCAUUUCUCAGAGUCAUUCGCUCUCCUUGUCCCUUUGGUUUCCCCCCUUGCCUAAUUGCAGUGGGGGCUAAGGCAUCCAUUAUGAAUACAGCAGAACAUUUGCUGGCGAGAGUCCUGUCUGCUGAGAAGACAAUAUUGUGGCUCGUCCUGAUAUUUUUUCAUUCAUUGACUUUGAGAAGACUCCACCUGUGCUUGGAAUUCCAAGGGCUUCGAAGAACAUUUCUUCUUUUAGCUUUGGAUGCACUUGCCGUGGCACACCUGGACUCCUUGACAUCCAAUUCAAACUGCAUUUGCAAAAUGUGCAAAGACAUAAGGGACCAAUUCAGGUCCCUUAUGGGGUGAACACUGUUGAAGACUGGUUAAUUAUAAGGUCUGUAAGAAUCAUCGCCUUGUGGAACAAGUCAAUCAGCGACUAGCUUCCUGUAGCCAAUCAGGUUAAAGAGUGCGUUGGUAACUUUGCUCCGAUUGACUAGUAUUCAAUCCCCAACUUGCAAUCAGAAUUCAUAACACUUGGCACUUGUUCUAGAGAAGUGUAGAAGAUGAUGUUUACAUAAUUUUAGCACCUCAAGGUAUAAUUUAAACAGUGAGGUAGUUUUGAAUGGCAUUUCAUUAAGGCAUCUAUGGGCAUUAUGAGCUAAAAGCUGUGGUAUGUUAGCUUUAAAAGAGUAUUUAUGUUGGAAUAAUUUUUAAAUAAUGUUUACAUAACUGUAAGUCCUGUUUGGUUGGUGUUGGACGCAGGGCAACACAUGAGUGUUUUUGGUUAGAGCCAAGAUAGCUCCCAUGCUCCAGAAUUCCUUUGGGAUGAAUCAGCAUCAUUUUAGACAAAAUAUCUGUAAAAGGUGAAAGGUUAUAUUUUUUACAGAUCAGAAUAUGGCACCAGAGGACUGUGUCUCAUUAAAGUGAUUGCUGGGAGCAAAAACUAGAAUGAUACAAAGAAAGGUCAGAGAAAUGCAUGGGAAUAUUUUUUCCUUAAAA